UUGGAUAUUCAGCCGUACUAUGAGUAUCCUCAAUUGGCGCCACGUGACAUCUUCACCAAUGAGCCUAACUGGUCACGUACCGUUCAACAACGCCGUAAUGCAUGGGAACGUAUGGCGUAUGAUACCGAUGCACGUGUGAGCCUCCCUGCGUCUGCUAAGGUACCGGCUCCACAGCCUCCAGCUUGGCACAACAGGGCAGCUCGAACACAUAACGUUUGGCAGGCAGCGGCUGACACAAUGAGUCAAGGAGCGACACAAACCUAUCAACAGCCACAGCACACGUUCGACACGGUGAGUGACAUAGCAGCUUCAGAACUGCUUGGCUUCUCUUCUAGUAAGUGA